AACAGUAAAUAUUUCCAAGAUACAUCAUUUUUGUUAGUCUGGGUUAUCUUAUUCACAAUUAUGAAACCAUUAUACCAAUCGUGCAAGUGUCGCAAUAAGAUCACCAUUUUGGGACUGUUGUUUUUCAUGCUUUAUAUUGUGGUUCAGAGGUUCCCGUUAAUAUCUGGCAAAACUGGUUUUCCUGUGAAAUCAUUAAAAACAAAACAACGAUAAAAGACACUUUAUCUUUUUACGUUCUGUUGGGUUUUUCCUCGAUGUAAGCUUUCCCAUAACAAAGAAUAAUGGCGAAACCAUUUGAAGGUGAAAAUUCUGAUGGCUUUCAUCAAAAACGUGGACGCAACGUGGCUUUAUCUGCAGACAAUCUGACAGCUACUAGAAAUGGAGACACGUACGACAACGGCGUCUGUUUUAGUAAAAAACCUCUUAGACUUGGCGAUAUAUUUCAACUGAGAAUCAAUGAAAUGGAUUUAAAAUGGGCCGGUUCCUUGAGACUCGGUGUAACCACAUCCAACCCAGAACUAUGGACCAUAAACCUUGCUCGAGCAGUUACAGAUCUUUUUACUGAACAACACUUAGAUUUCUGGGUCCUCUCCGGUAAUCGAAUUCAUCGUGGAUUAAGCAAAGAAGAUUAUUCUUUGAACUUACACAACCUGAAAGUUGGUAGUAAAGUUGGCGUACAAGUUAUGGAAAAUGGAGAUCUUGUAUUUUUUCUUGAUGGUGUUAAUAUGGGCACUGCUGCCCAUGGAAUACCAACACAAAAACCAAUAUUUUGUGUAUUUGAUGUGUAUGGAAAGACAAAAGUUGUUUCAAAAGAACUAUUUCAAGCUGAAAAAUUAGAAGAAUUGUGCAAAAGAAGUAUUCAGACAUUCAUAAGUAAAAAGGACUUGGAUAGAUUGUUUUUACCAUUAUGUCUUAUAGAAGAUAUCAAAGAAAAUUAUAAAACAAAAGUGUAAUCGUCAGGAUCGAGAUCUAUAUUUAUGUAAAUAAGCAAAUUCUAGUAGAAAGGUAAAAGCAGCGGAGUGUGGCACUUUGUUUUCUGUAAACAAAAAUAGCAAUGUAAUGUGUAUAUAGUGCGAAUAUUUGAUAAUACUAGUUAUUUGUAACAAAAUACUUGUUUUUACAGUAUAAAGAAAUGUGAGGUAACAACAA